AUGUCUGCGCUUGGUGUGGGCCUGCUAGUCGGCACGUCCUUGAUUGUGAUUAUCCCCGAGGGAGUCGAGACGUUAUAUAGCUCUCCUGUGAAACCGAGCCAGCAGGGACAUGAAUCUGGGCACCGAAGGAGGGAUGUGCUAGAACAUGGUGUUGGGGUUCGAUGGAACCACAGGGCGGAAGUAGUAUCUGUUCCUCAAUCUAUGAAUGGACGUGGUAUUGGGAAUGAGGCGAAUUGGCGCCUGUCUGGACGGGAGGAGGCGGCUCCUGACGCCGACAAACCACAGCCUGACGCUCCUGUGGAUGGAGACGGCAGUGACGGCAAGGGGAAGAAGGAGGGUAAGAUGGGUGACGGUGACAAGAAUAAGCCGGAUGGACAUGAUGAUGAUGACGAGCAUGAGCAUGGCCAUAAGCAUGAACAUGAAGAUAGCGGGCCACAUGCUUGGAUUGGUGUUGGGCUCAUUGGUGGAUUUAUACUAAUGUAUUUGGUUGACAAGUUGCCGCAAUAUGCGUCUUCGUCUUCCAAGCAGCAACAGAGACCAUACCAUAUUUCACUGGAUAACCUGGGAUCGGGCAUAGGUCGAGGCAUAUCGCCUGCACGAACGAGUGGCAGCGGCUCACGAUCCGGCAGCAGCAGUGCGGGCAUGGCUACGACGGCUGGAUUGGUGAUACAUGCGGCGGCAGACGGCAUUGCACUAGGAGCAUCCACGUCCAACAUGAGCCUGAGCCUGAUCAUUUUCGUGGCGAUUAUGGUACAUAAGGCUCCUGCAUCCUUUGGGCUGACGUCCGUCUUGCUCAAGCAAGGUCAUACAACCAAGAGUGCCAGGGCACAUCUGCUGGUGUUCAGUCUUGCUGCGCCGGUGGGAGCACUGUUGACGUGGGUUGCUGCACAUACCAUACUUGCAGGCCAUGCCAGUGACGAGCAGAGCACCCGGUGGAGGACAGGAAUGCUCCUGUUGUUCUCUGCGGGCACAUUUUUGUAUGUUGCCAUGCAUACGAUGCAGGAGAAUCCCCUCGAGCCAGCCCGUCGAGAGUCUCAUGCAAACGGCUAUGUUGAUGGGCGGGACCCACCGCAACGGCCUAAGCAGUCGAUGAGAGACCUCGUUGCAAGAACAGAAACUACGGAGUACAUUAUCAACCGCAACCUUUUUGCUUUCUUGUAUAUACACAUUAUAAAACAACCGCUCCAUGUGACGAGAAUAUUUUAUCCAGGCCAGCUGAUCGAUCGGCUAAAAAGCCUUCGCUUCCUCCGGGGAAACGAGAGGGAAAAGAAAAAAAGGAUGAGAGACACCAAACCAGGGGCCCCUGACGCUGGAAGUAUAGCUCAGUUGUACCUCGAGGAUCGCCCUGCAUGCUGGGACCGGCCUCGUAGCGCCCCAGAUAACUCCAGACGCCGGAUAGAUCAAGUAGCCAGCCACUCGAUAUACAGGACGAGACGGUGCCAGACUGCUCGCUCGCUCGUCUGCUCGUCUGCUCGUCCGCUUGACCGUCUCUGCCCUAAGCGCUGGGCCCUUGCUGGGCUGGUUGAUACAUCCAAAGGCCCCGUCCGGUACUUCAUGCUUCAUCUGCAGCCCCCAGCGCCACCGCGAUCACCAGGAAAACCAACCCAAGCCACCGAGAGCCUGAAGGGCAACAUCGCCUUUGACUGA